CUGCUUCCCAUGCGCCGGUUCUAUCCUCAAACGCCGAGACAAGGCACAUGGAAGCCGGGCAGGGUCUGGUUCCCUCGGGCUCCUCCCGGAGGUGCUCACGCCUUCUCCUUUGGUUUCAGGUGUGCGGACGCCUCUGCAGCAGAAGGAGCUGUCGUAAUCCCCUCCUUCAUUUCGCGUGGUAACAAUAAAGGCCGUUCAUAUUUGCAAGCUGCGCGUCCGCGUCCUUUUUCCCCCCCUUUCCUGAGGCUGCAUGCCUCCGUCACCACGUGAAGUUGCACCUCGCCCUCCGGCUGGCGUGCAAGCGACUCUUUGCAUCCCGUUUUCCGGCCCAUCUUGUCGCCGACCUCCAGAUGGCCUUGCUGAGCCGAAUGUUCCAGGCGCGGACACUCGCGGCGGGCGUGUCCCGUGCCUUGGCUGGCUCCCUGGCCGGCAGCUGCCUAGCUGACCGCCGCCUCUGGGACCAACUUCAUGCCCGGCCACGCCUGGGCAAUGACCCCACCUUCGACUGGUUCUUCGGAUAUGAGGAGGUCCAGGGAUUGCUUCUGCCGCUGCUCCAGGAGUCUCAGUCCCAGACAGCCGGUCCGGUUCGGGUACUGGAUGUGGGUUGUGGUACCUCAAGCUUGUGUGCAAACCUUUACGCAAAGUCCCCACAGCCCGUGGACGUACUGGGAGUGGACUUUUCUCCUGUGGCCGUGGCUCACAUGAACAGGCGCCUUGAGGCCGGCCUAGACCCUGGGCACCCGGAUUCCCGCCUGCGCUUCCUGCAAGCUGACGCCCAGAACCUGGUACCUGUGGCUUCCUCGGGCUCCUUCGAGCUGGUGCUGGACAAGGGCACCUGGGACGCUGUGGCCCGGGGUGGGCUGCCUGGGAGCUAUCGGGUGCUCUCCGAGUGCUUGAGGGUCCUGAGCCCCCGGGGCACUCUGGUGCAGUUCUCGGAUGAGGACCCCGAUGUACGGCUCCCAUGCCUAGAGCAAGGGUCCCAAGGGUCCCGUGGCUGGAAGGUGACCGUGCAGGAGCUUGGCCCUUUUGGGGGCAUCACCUACUUCGCUUACUUGGUCCAGAGUUCUCAUUAAAAAUAGUUGUUCUUGGUGUCUCAAUUGGGCAAAGAAGAGGUUAGCUGGGAU